AUACCUUCACUUACCAGCCUGAAGCGAGCGUCAUAACUUUACCAUAAUAGUUUUGGGAAUUACUCAUAGUGAUUAAAAUUUGCUGAUACUUAACAAAAGAAGAACGCUUAAUUCUAAGACUAGAAUAAUAAACUAUAAAAAGAAUUUCUUCAUGGAGAUUUCAAUACAGGUAUAACAGAAAAAUCGGCAAAAUUGAGGCAGAAAUUAAAGAGGAUAUGAUUGAACCUGAGCGCCAAUCACGGAAUGCAGGAAAUGGGAAAUUCCAGUUGUUACAUCCAGCUUAUAUCUUGACUGGAGUGUUUAUAGGAUAUUUAAUUGGUAAUACUAUAACACCGUUCGUCUGUGAUACAACUGAGAAAAUUUUAUCAAUGGAAGACAAUUCGGUUGUUACGAGUAACCAACCUGAUGAAUUUCGACCUAGAAAAACUAUUUUCGUAGCUGUAAUGACAGCUGGAAAGUUCUUAAAAACGAGAGCAUCGGCGUGUAAUAAAACUUGGGGCCAACAUGCAACAGUAGAAUAUUUUGCCCAAACUGGAAGUUGGCGAGAAAAUCACCUAAGAGUUGUCAAUUUGAAAGGCGUCAAUGAUAGCGUUUAUCCUCCUCAAGAAAAGGCGUUUAAAAUGAUCAAGUAUAUGUGCGAUAAUUAUAUCGAUCAAUACGAUUGGUUUCUACGUGCCGAUGAUGAUGCUUACUUCAAAAUGGAUAAGCUAGUUCCUUUUCUAAAUUCUAUCGAUUCCGACAAGAGGGUGUGUACUGUAUUUCAUAACGUUUUCAAUACAAUUAAAAUAUUUCCAAUUUAUUACAACGCCUUAUAACUAACCAUCUUAUAUUUGUAUAUUUGUAUUGGCUCCACCCUAUCUAUUCAUAUUCAACUUAUUUUUAAUUUCUUGUCUCCUUCCUUCAUUAAAAAGAAGUUUCUAUACUUCAUCAAAAAUCAUAUAUCUCUUUAUAUUCAACAGCUGUAUGUUGGACAAGCGGGGUUUGGACGAGCGGAGAAAAAAGGUAAAUUAGGACUUUCCGGUUACGCCUAUUGCAUGGGUGGACCUGGAAUGUUUCUCAGUCGAGCUACUCUGAAAGCCAUGUGCCCAUACGUCGAUAAUUGUAUUAAUAAUGUUGUCUCGACACACGAAGACGUUGAAGUCGGCCGUUGUAUUACUCAACUAACAGGCGCGCAAUGUUCAUCCAACUACGAAAUGAAAGAACUAUUCUAUUUCAAUUAUCGUGAACGUUCCGGAACUUUCUCUCAUUCACUUGAAGAAGAUAGAGAUCAAAUAGAGCACGCCAUCACUUUACAUCCAAUAAAAAAUGAUACAUACGUUUUUCGAAUGGAGAAUUUCUUAAGAACAACAAAUCUGAAGAAACUCCAUCAUAAAACAAUUGAAAUUCAACGAAAAAUCAAACAUAUUGAACGAGAUAUUCAUGCCAAGUCUAGAAAGAUUAAACGUUCAAUCUCCGAUCAUUUCAGAGUUGGUGAUGGCGAGCAGAACAGAGUAAGCAAACCACCGUCAUGGAAUAAAAUUAAGCCAAAGACUAGGGAGCACGUUAUUCCUUGGGAUAGCAUUGAUAGUCACAGUAUUGCUACAAUAAAUAAUCAAGUACCGAAGAGAAAGUUCCAAGCCACAUUUAACGAGAGCUUGGGAAAGAUAUUAAAGGAAGUAAAUAGAAUUGUUAAUGUUAAUGAAGAUCAUACAGGAUAUCACAAUGAUCUAAGUCAAUUCCGGCUUGGGUACAAACGAGUAAAUCCAUUCUCUGGAGUGGAUCAUUUACUUCAAUUUCAACAGCACUACAAAUUCCAGAAGAAGAAGAAAUCUCGGAAAAUCCAGUUUGGAACACAUCAGGCAUUUGGCAGUUUGCAAUCCCGAUUGGUAUCCGUAAAUGAUGAUCUUCCCAACAAAGGAUUUUUCGAAAGUCUGAAAGAAAAGUUCUCGGAUGGAUUCAGAAUUUUUCAAAAGCCGAAAAUAGCGAAAGUAAAUUCGAGUUGUGGCCGAAUUGGGAAGACUUUAAACAUCGUUAUGCCCCUGUCCGGCCGAUAUAGGACAUAUCUUCGUUUUAUGAGGAAUUUCGAAGAAAUUGCACUUAAAUGUGAAGAGAGAGUUAGUAUAGUUAUAGUAUUAUCGGCUAUUGAUCCAGAAAAUCGAACUGAUGAUAUGGUGCUUCAUAUGAAGAAUUUGGCUAAGCAAUAUCCAAAUCAUAACAUUCAAUCGAUUGUGGUUCCUGGCAAAUUUUCAAGAGGAAUUUCUCUUGACAGAGGAGCUCAAUUGUUUGCUAAAAGAGAUCUUGUCUGUUUUGUAGACGUGGAUCUGAUUUUAAGCAGAAACGUUUUACAGAGAAUGGCCCGAAAUACCAUUAGAAAUAUUCAGGCCUAUUAUCCAAUAAUGUUCAGUCAAUUUGAUCCGGGAGUCAGGUGCUCUUAUGGUGGAAAGUGUAGUCUACGUAAUAAUUUGUUCUCAUUUGAAGAGAGUAUGGGAUAUUGGAGACAAAGUUCAUUUGGUAUGGCGUGUGCCUACAAAUCGGACUUGGAUAAUGUUGGAGGUUUUUUGACUGCCAUAGAGGGUUGGGGAAAGGAAGACUUGGAUUUAUAUGAUAAAUUUACCACACAUAAUGUUCAAACAAUGCGAAGUAUCGAUCCUGGAAUGGUUCAUGUAUUUCAUCCAAUUCUGUGUCAUCUAAUCACUGAACCAACUCAAUAUAAAAUGUGUUUAGACGUUAAAGCAAGUACGUAUGCAUCGUUGUACGUUAUGUCUGCAAAAGUUUCGUCUACAUCAGCAAUUUAUGGACGAAAAAGUAGAACAAAAGCACUUUCUGUCAAAUACUAGAAUAUAUAAAUUAAUGGAGGGAGAAAGAGCAAAGGGAAUUUUUGAGAAUGGGAAUGGGAAAUUCGUGGAAAAAAUUUUUUUUAUACAUGCAGAUUACAUUUUUCUAAUAUAAAUGAAUUUAUUUUUUUUCCUGUAAAUUAUUUAUAGGAUUUUUCUUUCGAAUUGUUUGAGAAAACUCCAAAAAAUGAUGUUUUUUUUAUUUUUUUGUGCAGCAAAGUAAUUUUUUUCAUAGAAAAAAUAAACUUGUUAUAUGUUUUACUUAAA